AUGGGCUUCUCAAGGACAGAAAUCAUCAACUCGAUCAGUAUGCACCUCUACGAUGAUAUCCUGGCUACCUACCUUCUACUGGGGAUUAAAUUGGACAAUAGUUCAUCAUACACAUGGAGCAACAUAUCCCUCGGCCGUUCCAACACAACCAUCAACCCGUCCACAAAAAAUUCCAACCUUCUAAGUGCUGGGAUAAACAGAGUUUUGAACCCGGGCACGAUCAGGACUCCUUCUCAUCCUGCCACAGUGGCCUUAACAGAGGAAGCUGACAGCAAAACAAAUAAUGCAAAUGACAUCAAUUUCAAUAAAUUCAAUAAAGAAACUAAACAAGUUGUGCCGGCAAGUCCAUACAAGAACAGGAAUGCAGGCUUUUUCGAUCAAAUCAUUGUGCCUGACCACAAGCCUCAGCCACAAACGAAAGGAUUGUUCAGUCGCUUUCGAAGUCACAACAACAACAAUAAUAACCUGCAGCAUCAACAUCAACAACAGCAGCUACAACAACAGCAAUAUCUUCAGCAGCAGCAACAACAGCUGCAACAUUAUCAUCAGCAGCAACAUAAAGAUGAAAAGCAUUGUUUGUUUACGGUAGGGGAAGGCAGCGUUAUAACAAACAAUGCUAGCAAUAACAACAACAUCAAUUACAACAACUAUAAUAUUAACAAUAACAAUUAUGUCUAUGAUAAUUAUAGCAGAAAUAGCAAAUUUGUAGCUCCUGAAAAUCAAAAAAGUGUUCUACCACUGAAUUCUGGCAGAAGGCAAGGAAGUUUUGAUAAUGCUCUGGUUAAAGAAGGUACUCCGGAAGCAGAACCCUUUACAAGAAUUACUUCAUUCAGAAUGCCGACGUCUAACUCUGCACACCAACAUGCGAACUUUGUGGUGGGUGCUGGUAGUAGUGAUAUUGAUGUUUUGGCGGGAGAUAAAAUGAAAAGUUAUGAAGAAUCAUCAAUUGGGGACAGAAAUAAAGGGUCCGCAACCUUCAGACCGGUGCCGGCUAUUCGACUAACCAAGAAGUUGGACAACAGAAUAGUCAUGGAGUCUUCCAUUGAAUGUGAUUCAGAUGAUGUCAGUAAAAAUAAAAAAGAAAUAAUGAACAACAGUGAUAUGGAUGAAUUGGUUGAGGAUGAUCUCGCACCUGCCAAAACAUAUGUGUCCGUAGUCUUCACUUUUUUUUUAUUUUGGCAUCAUUUAUUUUGUUUGUCUUUUUUUUGA